AAUCGCGUUUAACUUGGACCGGAACGGGGGGCUUCGUGCGCGGGCGAGGAACAAGCAGAGUUCUUCUGAGUUGUACGGGAUCGAAUUCGCAAUGCGGAUUCCGAGAGAAGAAGCAGCGGAGAUGCGGUAUGAAGGGGCUUCUUUUGACAGUGAAGAUGAGCAACAUGACAAACAAGUAGAUGAGCAGGAGGCUGAAGGAGCUGCACAGGAGGUAGAAAAAACAGCCCGAGAAGCUGCUGCUCCUGCUCCUGCUGUCCUGGUGCAGCAGCAGCAGCAGCCCCCUGUUGCACCUGCUGCACCGCCAGCGCAGGCUGCUCUACUACCUCAAGCAGACGACACUUCUUCUACGGUAGCCGACAAGUUCGACCAGCUGCGUCGUCCCUUUGACAUCGACGCCGUGAUGAACGGCCAGGACCCGCCGGAGCCACGGUACGGCGUUGUGCGAUUGAAGUUGCACAAGGAUACCAGUGUGGGUACGACGAAAAUGAGAGCAAGUGGGCUCACGCAGUUCCUCUCGCCGGAAGGAAACUAUUUCGCGGUGUAG